AUGGCCAGCUAUGGAUCUUCACCGGCGCCGUCGCCAGGAUCGCCUGCCUAUCGCAAGGGCGUAGCAUUCGGUCAGCCCGGCUGGCGUGCCUCUCGCGCCUCUCGCGGCCGCGCGAGCGGGAUCGACUCGCCCCUCUACCGCAACAGCCCUACCUUUGGAUCGGCUUCCCCUUCUCUCAGGGGCGGAACGCCAUCGUCCCUUCGCGGCACCCCCCAGCCAAGCGGCCCAUAUGGACUCAUCCCGAGCUUGUCGGUGGCUUCGAUCAACCAGCAGCCGCUUCGGCCGGACGACUCUGCUGCUGGACCAGCAGACUUCGAUCCAGUGGAUGGCACUGAUCAGCGCUCGAGUCCUGCGCCGUUAGGCCAAACAGCCAAGAGACGCUUCAUUCGCAAGCGGCCGCUUCUCGAGCGGAUUCAGCACUGGCCAAUUGAAACGUACGAUCGUCUCACGUCGUAUGUGCUCGAUAUCGAGGAGCAGCUGUUUGCAGACCAGGCAGGCAAUGUGCUCGGUGCCAUCCUGCAUGCUCUGUCCUUCCUCGCGCUGUUUUUGUCUCCCGAGUCGAGUCUGGGAUCGUGGAUCAUGAACAAGCCAGCUUACCGCAAGGCGCAGAAUCCCGCUAUCGCCUACGAGUACCUCGUCAGCCAUGCGGCCGAUGAGUACGCCAUGGCAGAUGCUCUCAAGCGACACGCUCGAAAGAGUGCCGUGUACAGCGCAUCCGAUCGCUUCUUUCGCUUUGCAUCCACCGCCAUCUUCAUCGCCAUUUUCGUGACUAGCUGCAUCAACGCCUACGUCUUUUUCGCAAAACGCCGAACGUACAAGUUCUACUCCCAACCCAAGCCACACGAACCUGCGAAUUCGAGCAUGCACACCAAACAUGGCAUCCGUCAGCUGCUCAUGUGGGACCCGACGCCGUACGCAGCCAAUCUGUUCGCAACCUUCUCGCCUGCCCACGCCGUCAUCUAUCCAGCAGCCGCUUUGAUCGAAAUGGGCCCAGUGGCUUGGAUCAUCUUUGUCUUUUUGCUCGGCGCUGUCUCGGCUCCCGUCCAUCUCAUCCUGCACCAGUACCAACAGCUUCUUAAGGACAAGGGUGUUGUGCAGGCCGCCGUGCUCACCGAAUACAACGAAAAGUACGUCUACCCACGUGCCACCCCCGUCGUCCGCGACCAAACCAGCCAGACCGAUCUUUAG